AUGACUUGGCAUGCCCAACUUGUAAUGGUGCUGGCCUUGGUCGGCCUCGCAUCAGCACAGUGCACCGGCAUGUCAGACGACUGCUCCUCCAACCCCAUUCCACUGCGGAAAUUCAAUCCCUACAACUUCCAAGCUACAUCAUGCAACCUCAAGUGGAAAGAUGCUUGCGUCGGGAAAAAGAACGGCCAUAAGCAGCAAAAGCCUCCUCCUUACUGUCUUUGCACUUCUGGGGACUACCCCUCCGGGCUGCUCCCAGUCGACGGUUACACACUGGCGAUGCAGAAGGAUGACGCCGAUGUCAAACCAAAGCCGGCUAAUUAUACUCUCCACGGUCUAUGGCCCAGCUCGUCGGGAGGCAAUGGCGCAAAGGACCAGCCGUACGGGUGUCUUCACGGCGAGGAGUUUGAUGAGACGAUCCUCAAGACCUUUAAGGAACUACUAGAUCACUUCUGGCCGACGGACCCAAAAUAUGGAAACACGAUGCAAUGCUUCAUCCUAUCCGAAUGGAUGAAGCACGGCACCUGCGCCGUCAUUCCCGGCGUAGACGGUAACGCAUUCCGCCUACCGCAGGAGUCUUACUACCGCACUGCGUUUGUAUUAGCGAAUGAAUUCAAUGCCAACGCUGAGUUGCGUCAGCGGCUCGAUGAUCCUGGGUCGGAUGAUCUCGAGUCAAAUGUCAGCACAGGCUGUGUACAGUGCGCCUAUCUCGCUACCGUGGGCUGGGAGGGCACUGAUGUACAGAGCGUGCCGCGCAUGUCGGGUGAUUGCGUUGAUCAAUGCUUUUCAUGCGGUGAUAGCUGGGACUUGUGUAAGCCUGCUCAGCUAAAUAGCACCGUUGAGCUGGACCCGAGCAAUGCGCCGCUGGAAGCGAGCGACAGCGGAACAAGCAGUGAUGCGGUGGCCAACUUUGCAGCGCUGGACUUGGCCAUCCCAGCCUUUAGCAGCAGCGAUAAGAUAUCACCCUGGGAUGGCACUUGGCGCUCCUUCGGUGCAGAGCAGGGAGGGUCUGGCAAGUUCGAGUUCGCGCAGACUUUUACUGACAAGGUUUUGACGGUCACUACUGACAGUCCGUAUCCCCAGACAUGCAACUACGAGCGGCGUGGGUCUAAAGAGCUGAUUCUGCGAUGCGGAGGUAAUAGACUUGAGGAAUGUUUGGUGCAGCGACUACCUGAUAUCGGCGAGCUGGAGGCAGCAUUCCUAGCCUGCAAUCAUACUGGGCAACCGGCACCGGCAAGUUUCUACGCUGCGAUGGACACACCUGGCUGUGGCAACUUUCUCAUGUUCCGAUGUAAGGCAUCGGCCAAAGGUUGUUCCUUUUCUCCGGACGCUAUCUCACCGCCGUCAAAGUCUGAGACCAAGACCAAAUCUGAGCCUGAGCCUAGCCCUGUCAGCCACUCCCAGCCUGGCAUUGCCGGUGCACCUACUUCGCUCCUGGGUUUAUGGCGUUCACUUCAGGUAUCCAGCCACCAUGAAGACGGCCUCGCGAAUUGGAGCUUUACAUCAGAUGGCCAGGCGUCGCUGAAGUGGCCCAACCAUCCUGAGCGCGGCGUGGAGAGCUACUCAGUGUCUCACUCUAGACAGGAACCCAACAAAGUACUCCUCGCUAGCGCCAGUGGUGCUGUCACUACCUGCCACUUCAAGUUCCAGUACCAACCAGUAUACUCCUACGCCGUGCUCGACUGUACAUCAGGAGAUAAGAAGACGCAGUGGGCCAUGGGGCGGUGUAAUCCAUGCAGCGCUGAGUGUCGCUACUCGUGCAGUCCUGAGAACGACAACUGCGGUGCGGGUUCGUGCGACCCGGCUGAUUCAUCAGCUACUGGAGCACGUCCCCCGCCUAACGAGCAUAGAUGGUGCACUCCCGAGGAUUCUGGCUGUUGGCCUACCAAGACGGCUAUCAAGAAGUUAGAAAAGGCUCUUGACCCCACAGUACCCCGACUCGGUCUCCAGUGGGGCAAUUACCCCACGCCGCAGCCCGCACCAGUUCCGACGGGAUCAAUCAACAACCAGGCCUUUUACGGUCUAGGCAGCACGGGUCUCAAGGCGCUGUACUAUUAUGAGAAUAUCGAGGAAAUGCAGCGACCGUGCUUUAACACCAAAGACGGCGUUAAUAUCUGGAACACCGCGUCCGACAUGUGCAAGGCAGCACUGCACCAAAACGAAUACCGCAACUGGAACCCCUUCAUCGUCGUCUUUCCUCUCAACCAGCGCCAUAUAACAGCUGCGCUCAAAUUCGCUGCGCAGCAUCGUCUGUGUAUCGCAACAGCAGGCACGGGCCAUGAGUACAACAGCCGCAACUCAUGCCCUACUGGCGGCAUCCUCAUCCGCACGAUCCUGCUUAAGAACAAGGAGUUUCUUCCGACCUGGAGCGAAGAUCCAGUGUUGGCUCCCGCUGGUGCAUUCCGCUUUGGCGCUGGGUCUAUCUUUGCCGAGAUGCAUGCUUUUUCUGCCAAGUAUGACCGCGUUGUGGCGUCGGGAUGGUGCUCUACCGUUGGCAUGACAGGAUACCAUCUUGGCGGUGGCCACGGUCCUUUUGCACCCUCCAUGGGCCUUGGCGUCGAUAACGUGCUCGAGAUUGAAGUUCUGCAAGUCGGUCGCAACGCACACGGCCACAUUGUCGUUCACAAGAAGAUGGCCAGUCGUCGGAAGAAUCCUCAGCUCUUCUGGGCCAUGCGCGGUGGCGGCGGUGGUGUCUGGGGCGUCAUCCUCUCCAUGACGCUCCGCGCUCACCCUGUACCGGAUGGAGGUUUGAGUCGCGUUUUCAUGUCCCAGUCCGGCACGUUUUGCCCCGGUCCAAAGGACAAGUUUGGCUACGAGUGGCUGCGUGAGAUGUGGCCUCGCUUCGCAGAGUGGCAGUUGAGGCUCAACUCCAAGGUGAGCACGCAGCCUGGCUUCUUUAUUGACACCAGCAAGUACAAGAAGGGCGACCUUUGCACAGCCACUUGGACUUUCAACUUUGAGUACUUCUACGCUGGUGGUCAGAAGGAGCAGGAGUAUGCUAUGUUCCGAGAUAGUCUCAAGGACGUGCUGCAGACAAAGGCUGUGCAGGAGGAUAACUUCAACUCAGCGUAUGAGUACCUCCUUUCCAUGCCUCCAAACAAGUUCCAGAUCUCGGUUAUGAACCCCCUGCCCGCUCCCCACGAGCCCUCCGACGAUGCCACAGGCUCACAAAACUCAGUCUUUGUCUCCCGCCAAGACAUGGAGACAAAGUUCGCCUCGACCAUGAUGGACGUGCUGGACAUCUGUGUCGCCAGCCUCAAAACCCCCGACAAGACAUCCCCAGACCCGAUGGGAUACCGCUGCGGCUUCCACUACCUCUACACCUCGAUCACCGGUAAUCUCGGCAGUGCACAGCCAGAUGACACAGCUAUAUCUCCCGGCUUCCGCUCGGGUCUAAUGCUAUGGAACGCACGCACUCUAUCGACGAAGCAGUGCGAGGACACGAUCUACAAGCUUGGUAGGAACAGUUAUUUCUCUGAGAGUUCGUAUGUGAUGCAUAAUUGGACGGAUAGGUACUGGGGUGAGAAGAGGUAUGAGCAGUUGCUUGCUGUGAAGAGGGCGCACGAUCCAGAGAAUUUGUUCUGGUGUCAUCAUUGUGUUGGGGAUGAUCCUGAUGAUGCGUAUGGGAAUCCGCUGGGUGUGAAGAAGGAGAAGGAUAUUAAAGUUGAUUCGUACAAGAGGGAUGAGUUAUAG